UAUACGUUCCAAUUCGACAAAGUCUCUGAUAACCAAGGCUGCUUCAACGAUAAGAAGAAUGUUGCGUUUACUGAUGGUACUCAUUGCUGUAAGCGUCAUUGCAGCUGCUCCCAUGAAGAGGUGUGUGUGCCUAGAAGAUAUACCUGGAUAUUGGCUACUUGGUGAAGGUGAUAUGCCUGCUGAGGAACAUACAGAUGGUGGAUCUUCGUUUCAUACAAGUGGAUCUUCGUUUCAUACAAAUUUGGGUACGUUAGAUGUAAGUGAUAGGCUAUCACAAGGACUAAAAAUUGAAUCCAGUGACUCCGAUAUUGUUAUAGAUCCUAUUUUUUCUGCACUUAACACAGCCAGUAAUUUAUAUCAAGUUUUACACGGAAUGAUGGAAGCAGAGGAAGAUGCAGCCAUCAGGCAGGCACUGGCCGACAUGCUUGCACGUGUGAGUAACUCAACUUCACCUGUUACGGAGGAUGAAAUAAAUCGUCAGAUUAGAAUAUACCAAGAUUACAUAAGCUUUCUUCAGGUAUAUUCAAUGGCUCAGUCACAUCUUAGCUUUGUGCUUGAAAGAAAGCAAGACCUAGAAGACUACAACACCAAUGAUGAUCCAGCCAUUGAAGAUGAACUGGCACGGAUUGAGUCAGAAAUUGAGCAAUACCGCCAAGCUGUGACCAGGCUAAAGAAACAAUCAUCAACGCUUUUCCAUCGAAGAAGUGAACAUGAUAACAGUUAUGUAUCAUUUUUGACGAUAAAUAUUAAAUGGAAAUCUCAUAUACUAUAUAUUUAAGCUUCCUUCGUCUUUGGUUAUGUCAAAUUAUAAUGUCAAUUUCGACAAGCUUCAAUAUUAUGUAAAGUUGCAAAAGAAGAUUGAGCAUGUAAUUUUAAAUGUAAUACUUGAAGAAUUUGAUUUCCGGGCUGCUAAUAAAGGGUGAUAAUAUGCAUA